UUCCUCGUGUAGUUGGUGGCUACGUUUAGGUAUAUGUAAGGCUAGGGUUUUUUUGUGUAUGUUGGGAGAUAAUGUGAGAGAAGGUUUUUUAUUUUUAUUUUUAGCCUUUUUUAUUUUUAUUUUUUUUAUUCUUCCUGUUAGGGUUUUUUUUUAUGGCUCUCCAUAAAAUUCUCUUCUCUUUUGUGUGCAUAAAAUUCUCUUCUCUUUUGUGUGCGUGUGAGUCUUCUUCUUUUUAAUUGCUUGGUCCCAAGUAAUCUAAAUUUGUUUUUGUUCUUCAUUUUUUUCUUUUCACUUUUGAUUCCUUUAUUUUUAUAACGUUUUUAGAUUUUUUAUUAUGAUUAUGAUAAAAAUAAAUUUUAAAAAAUAAAAAAAUUAAUGUUAUACAUUUCAAACAAAAAAAUAAUAAAAAACAAUCAUCACAGCAAUAAUUAGCUGAUGCGUAUUGCCGACAGAUCACAGAACCCCAACAAAUUGGCAUGAGAAGAACACUCCAGGCCAGAAAGAGAGAAUUGGUGUAAAACCAUAACAAAAAAAAAUAAAAAUGGAGAAGCGCUGUAAAGCUCACUGCUUAGUCGUAUCCUUUCCAGCCCAAGGCCACAUAAACCCCAUGCUUCAAUUCUCCAAACGCUUAGAACACAAAGGAGUUAAAGUAACUCCAGUUACUACGCGUUUUAUCUCCAACGCCAUCAUGUCUGGAUCAUCCUCCAGUUCCAUUUCACUCCAAACUAUAUCUGAUGGAUAUGAUGAAGGAGGUAUAGACCAGGCAGAAAGCAUCAAGUCAUACCUUGAUCGCUUUUGGAAGGUGGGAUUGCAAACUCUUGACAAUCUUGUCGAGGAGCUUAGUGGUUCAGACUGCCCUCUUGAUUGCAUCAUUUAUGACGCCUUUAUGCCUUGGGGUCUUGAUGUAGCCAAGAAAUUUGGGUUGGUUGGUGCUGCUUUCUUCACCCAGUCUUGUGCUGUUGAUAGCAUAUACUAUCACGUCCAUCGAGGGUUGAUCAAACUUCCUGUCACGGAGACUCAAAUUUUGGUUCCUGGAUUGCCUCCUCUAGAGCCUCAAGAUUUGCCCUCUUUCAUUUAUCAUUUGGGGACGUACCCAGAUUUCUUUGACAUGCUUUUGGAUCAGUUCUCCAAUAUUGAUAGAGCGGAUUGGGUCUUUUGCAACUCAUUUUAUAUGUUGGAAAGAGAGGUGGCAGAUUGGUUUGCCAAGCUUUGGCCAUUUCGAAGUAUUGGACCAACUUUACCGUCUAUGUAUUUAGAUAAACAACUUGAGAACGACAGAGACUAUGGUUUCAGCUUGUUCAUGCAGAAAAAUGAUGUUUGCAUGAAUUGGCUUAAUGAUAGGCCAAAAGGCUCGGUUGUACAUGUGUCAUUUGGGAGCCUGGUAGAUCUCAAAGCAGAGCAAAUGGAAGAGCUAGCUUGGGGAUUGAAGAGGAGUGAUUGUUAUUUCUUGUGGGUGGUAAGAGCAUCUGAAGAAUCUAAACUGUCGAAAGAUUUCGCAGAAGAAAGCUCUGCGAAAGGUUUGGUGGUCAGAUGGUGUUCACAGUUGGAGGUUUUAGCUCACGAGGCAGUGGGAUGCUUUGUUACACACUGUGGCUGGAACUCUAGCCUGGAGGCUUUGAGUUUAGGAGUCCCAAUGGUGGCAAUGCCACAACGAACAGAUCAAAGCACCAACGCAAAGUACAUUACAGAUGUUUGGAACAUGGGAGUUAAAGCUGCGGUGGAUGAGAAAGAGAUUGCUAGGCGGGAAACAAUAGAGAGUUGCAUAAGAGAGAUAUUGGAGGGGGAGAAAGGGAAGGAGAUCAAAAGAAAUGCUAGUAAAUGGAAGGAACUGGCCAAAGAAGCAGUGUAAGAAGGUGGUAGUUCAGAUAAAAACAUUGAUGAAUUUGUGGCUAAUUUGGUUCUCUCCCGAAGCUCUUGCUGAUGCUUCUUCUCCAUUUAUCAUUUUCCUUUUCCAGUUUCUUGCUUGUUCGCAUUAAUUAUAUUCGAGAUUCUUCCUCGAAAUUCAGCUUAAUUAACCAAUGAAUCUGUAGCUUCCUUUCCGAAAAGAUUUCAGAUUUCAUAAACAGAAGAGCAUCUUUAUCUACAUUCAUUGCAUUAGAAACUUACAUCCGAUGGAACUGACAUUAGAGGCAAGGAAGCGGCAGAAGGCAUCGAAGUUAGCUAACAAGACAACCUCCACUCUGUCAGAUUGAUCCGCCGCCGCCGCCGCCCACAGGAUGGUCAUCCCAUAAGAAGAUAAUAACAUGGGACUUCAAUUAUUUAUUUGAUCCACCGGAAACACAUGAUCGCCAAUUCGCCAUCAUCCAUG